CUGAAAACCCCCUUGCUCUGUUCUUUCUUCUCUGUGAAAGCUCUAUAUUUUUCGUUGGAUUUCUCUUCUCUCUGGCCCUCUUGAUCUUAUUGCAGAGAACUUCCUAACUUUCUUGGCCUCCAUUGAUGGGGGACGGGUACGGCGAGAGCAAGAGGAAGCGAAGGAAGAAGAAGGCCAGCAGCAAGAAGCUUCUGCUGGGGGAGAAGGUCGAGGUGUUAUAUUCUGAUGAAGGGCUAAAGGGUUCCUGGCAUGUAGGCGUGGUCAUUAAUUGUGGUGAAUUCUCUCGUCUGGUUGAAUAUACUGAUCUUUUGAGUGAAGAUCAGCAUUCAAAGCUUGUAGAAUGGAUCCCCGUAUCACCUGCUGUAGAAGGUCUGCACAGAACAACACCAAAAGAUUACCGUGGCCAGAUAAGACCAUUGCCACCUCAUUGUGAUAUAAGACAGUCUGAGCUAAGAUAUGGGCUCUGUGUUGAUGCCUUGGUGGAUGAUGCAUGGUGGGAAGGUGUAGUUUUUGAUCGCAAGGAUGGUUCAACUGAGAGAUUAGUUUUUUUCCCAGAUCAAGGUGAUCAGCACAUGAUCUCUAUCGAUCAGCUGCGUCCCACGCAGAUGUGGGAUGAAGUAUCUGGGCAUUGGAAGCCUCGUGGCGAAUGGUUGUUGCUUCAAGUGCUUCAGAUUUUGGAGCAAGAAGGUGCUUUGCCUGUAUCUGUCAGGGAAAUCUGGUAUGACUUGAGAACCAUGGCUGCUUUCUGGGACAAGAUCAGAAUGUGGAUGUUUGGGUCCCGAUCGAUCUGGCACAGCUUGGUGUCACAGUUGAUCCAGGAAUUACAAUCUGUUGUCCUUGGCAAACCUCUUGCUGGAGCUCUUCCUGGUUGCCAACUAGUUGACGCUCCCAUGAACUUUGGUGAUAUUGAUAUUGCACCGGAGGAUAUUUCUUGUAUGGAAGUUAGGGAUAUUCAGAAUAAUGACGUUGGCAUGCAUACUAGAUUGGAUGUAACUACAAGUAAAUUUCAAUGUAGGAAACUGCAAACACUUGAAAACAACUCUCUGUUUGGAUGUGCUGAUAGCUCAUGCAAGACGAAGUGUUCUCAUGAGAGGUGUUCUCAUGCUUCAUAUUUGGGAGUGGCUGUCCCUGAUAUGCACCAGGUUGCAAAGUUUCAUCUAUUACCUGCAGGUUGUGAUAACAAGGAAAGUGAUUCAGGUGAACACUGUAAGUCUUUGAUUAAAUCUUGUGAAGCACACAAAGAGGUGGAAGUUCAAAAUAUGGAAUUUGAUGGCACUAAUAACCACUCAACCCGUAAUGGUACAGGGGCUGAGGUCAACAACAUUCUCAGGCAGAUGGGCAGUGAAACUGGGAAUAGGAGAGUUGGAAAAUCCUGGCAACCUGUGAAUCUUGAAGCUGAAUUCUGUCCUAAAGCAGUAGAAUUAUGUGUAUAUGGUUCAAAGGAUAGAUAUUUCCCGACUGGCAAAUUAGAAGUAAUUGAAAAAGUGAAGAAGCAUCUUUUGGCUCUGGGAUGGAAGGUUGAAGUUAAAAGAGAUACAAUGUUAAGGCUUCGCUGCAUUUCACCUGAAGGAAAAUGCUACUAUACGCUUCACAAGGCCUGCUGUGCUUUGAUAGACAAGCUGCAAAAGAAGGAUCAGAAAUGCAGAAACGACAAAAGUUCAGACUUGUGCUGCUUGGGCUGUAACUUGUGUGUUUCGCUUCCUAGAAACAUUUAUUCUGAACCUGCCUCUCUUGUUAGGGAUCCUCCUAUGCAUUCUUUUCCAUCAAAGAAACAUGAAAGAGGGUCAGAACACUGUACUCAUGAUGUUGUUGAAUUUGCAACUAGCAUGGAUGCAGAGAAUAACAGGACAUGUACGGAGUUACGUGCCUACCCCAAAAUGGUUGAUUCUAAUGACCAAUUAGACUCUGGUACCACAGAGGCAUCUCCACUCAAAAUUCUUGAAGAACAGCAACAUUGUGGUGCAAGUUGUUCUAUGUUAAGGAAGAAAAAUCUUGAAAGUUCCACUGAAAUAUCUCCUGAAGACAUGAACAGUAAAAAAUCUGGGUGCCUAUCCUUCAAUGUGCAAUUUGAGGAUUCUAAUAAAGAAUUAUCUCUGUGCAGAAUCCAAAGACCCUUUACCGCAAUGGCCUGUGAUGAGUUUGAGGAAUCUACAAGGUUAUCACGUGAUGUGGCUGAAAAAGGAUCAAAAAUUGUGUCAAAUUUUUUGGAACAGGAACCAAGGUUUGGUACAUUACAUGUGAGAGAACUUAAAAAAUCAGAAAGAAGAAGAACAACUUAUUUGUCCAUUCCUUUAAAAGCUUUACGUAGCAAGUUAAAGCAACGGUCUAGUUGCUCUCAGAAAUCUAAUAAAGGAAAGGCAUCUCAAGCUCUUAGACAAAGAUAUCAUGAAUCAAGAAAAAGAUCACAGGAGGUUGUACUAUCAUCUACAGGCCAGCAUUUUGCUAGAACACCCUUGUCAAUGUUGAUAGACAAUAACAUAAUAUUACCAAGGCAGAAGGUACACUAUAUUCGUAAGAGGGAUGGCCAAGUUAUGUUGGAGGGGUGUAUAACUCGUGGUGGAAUCAAGUGCAAAUGCUGUAAAAAAUUGUAUGGUCUCUCCAAGUUUCAGGCUCAUGCUGGUGGCACUAAUCAGAAGGCAGCUGCCUGUAUAUUUUUGAAAGAUGGAAGGUCCUUGUUGCAGUGCCAAAUGCAGAUGGUGCCUGGUACAAAGGUUAAGAGCUUCUCCCAUCCACGGUUGAAAAGCCUCUACUCUCUCUGCCGAAGUGACACAAUAUGCUCUGUAUGUCAAUAUGGCGGUAAGCUUAUGCUUUGUGAUCACUGUCCAUCAGCAUUCCAUCCAGGCUGUGUUGCAUUAGAGGAUGUGCCUAAGGGAAAAUGGUUUUGUCCAUCCUGUCGAUGUGGCAUAUGUGGCUCGAGUGACUUCAAUUGUGACACUAAAGAGUUUACAGAUAAAACAAUACUGUAUUGUGAUCAAUGCGAGCGUGAAUAUCAUGUUGGAUGCUUGAGAAAAAGAGGAAUGAGCAGGUUAGAAAAUUAUCCAGCUGGGAAUUGGUUUUGCAGCAAUACGUGUUCUGAGAUAUUUCUCUGUCUUCAUGCACUUCUUGGACAAUCUAAACCAACAUCCCAAGAAGCUUUGUCAUGGACUAUUUUGCGAGGCAGUGGAUAUGCUGGUAUUGAGCAGGAUCAUUCUGAUGUUGAGACCACAACUGGAUAUUAUAGCAAGCUGCAUGUUGCACUUAAUAUACUUCAUGAAUGUUUCGUAACUAUGAUCGAACCCCGUACCCAGAGCGAUCUUAUUGCUGAUAUUCUUUUCAAUAAAGAGUCUGAUCUGAACCGACUUAACUUCUGGGGAUUUUACACUAUGCUUUUGGAGAGAGGAGAUGAGGUGAUAUCUGUGGCUACUUUUAGGGUGUAUGGUGACAAGGUUGCAGAAAUGCCCCUUAUUGGUACCCGUGUUCAAUAUCGCCGACAAGGAAUGUGCCGCCUUCUUUUGGAUGAACUUGAAAAGUUACUUUCUUCAUUAGGGGUGGAAAGGCUGUUAAUUCCAGCAGUUCCAGAGCUUCUAGAAACAUGGACAACAUCUUUUGGAUUUACUAAAAUGAGCAGUCUUGACAGAGUUAAGUAUUUGGAGUACACCCUUCUGAAUUUUCAGGAUACUACCAUGUGUCAGAAGCUCCUAAGAGCAGCUUCAAUGGUUUCUAAGAAAUCAAGAGGGAUUCAUGAUCAAUUGCCAGAUGGUUGCAGCAAAAAUCUUGAAAAUGUAGACUCAGACAUUCACAUCCCUAUUUCUGAGGUGAAACAAAACACUAGUCUCAAGUUCAAGUUCUUGAGGACAUUCUAUGAAAGCAAUAGCAAGACAGACACCAGCAGAAAGCACCUAAAAGCACUACUAUGCGAGCUUUGAAUACUCUGAAGUUCUCAGUGAAAUGCUAUGGACCUAUUGGCAAAAGUGGCACCAGAAGAAAGCACUGGAUUAGAGGGAUUGACGCUCAAUCCAUGAGCACUUUCAAGUAUUCUACACUAGAAGGUAUUGGAUUGUCCGAAUGCCACCAAGGGCAUCCUGUUCUUGACCAUAUACCAAGUUUUUUUCUUAUUUUAACCUAGAAUGCUAAGCCAAAGGAGAUCGCCUUGUACAAUUUAAUGAGAUUUCAGUUUAAUUUCUCAAGGUCAACAUGGUCCAAAUGCCACUAACAAGUGCAGUUGAUUCCGUUGCAUCUUCUUUCUGACCAUUUACACGACCAUACUAAGAAAACUUGACUGUAGCUUUGGCUCUAAAUGUGAUUAUAUAUUACCACAACUUGUGGAGUUAAGAUGUUUGCAGACUAAGAUUUUGAGGCAAAGAUAAGCAAACGUUGCUCUUUCUAAAAUACUGGCAAGAUAUAACAAAUUUUGGUCUUUUCUUUUUUGGCUGUAAAGAACCAUGAGCUUCUACUCGUAUUCUAGUUAAAGGUUCAAAACCAAGGAGGAUGAUUGUCGACCCGACACUGGGUACAAUGAAUACAUGACAAGU